CAACAAGAAUGCGUCUCACCAGCCUCUCACCACCUGGAAACCGAUCGACUGCGCUGCGAAACCCACGAGGGACGGACCACGACGGCAUCAGAUUGCCUCGCUAGCACAUCUGGCCCCAUGAACUACUAUCAGCUGCCAGUGUCCUUGUGAAUCUACUCUCUCGAUCCAUAAUUUGCUCGAGCGGUGGUCGCUGUAAACAAUUCUCCCUCUCCUUGCUUUUCUUUCCUCUUUCCAAGCCACAUUCUUCUUCCUUGUGUUGCUACUACUACGCCUUACACUUUGAGUUUCGUCUUCACGCUGACCGUUGGGACUCGAGCUUCCCGUCGGACGGAUUGAAGGAGCGCGACUGUGAUUGCCCGCAGCAACACUUUUGUGAGAGCUGGUCGGCAGACCGUUACAGUCAAUGGAAGGCCAAACAGACGGAAACACGGCCGAGGGCCAGUACCAGCGCGUCGCAGAGUCGCAGGAAGGCUAUGGGACAGGCCCCGAAAUCACAAACUCCAGCUCUGACUUCGAAGUCCUGUGUGGCCCUCUACUGAACUACCAGCGUAUGAGCGAUGAAAGCCCCUCGAAUAUCUUCUGGCACGGCUCCGUCCUUCUCGUCACGACACCCAAUGUCAAUACUCCCAGUCUGGAACUAAAGACCCUUGGGGCAUGGGAAUCCGGCGCAAAGAUCAAGUCUUCUCCGCCGCAGUUGGUGCAAGGGUUGAAGCUGUACUCGGACCCGGACAAGACAUUUUGGCGGUUCACUCUCAAGGUCCCUUUGGUUGAGGCGGAAGCAAAAUGGCAGUACUCGAUACCAAACAUGCGAUUCCUCACCAAUGUUAGUAAGGAGCCGUCGAGGCAGUUUGUGGUGCCUUCCAUCACGCAAUCCAUGCGCAUCAUGUUCCACUCGUGCAAUGGGUUUUCGGUCGGAACGGACGAGGACUUUUGGUCAGGGCCUGCGUUGUGGCAUGACGUCCUGCGCACUCACGAACAGCGCCCGUUCCAUGUCAUGAUCGGUGGAGGCGAUCAGAUUUACAACGAUUCGAUCCGAGUCAAGGGACCAUUGAAGGAGUGGACUUCGAUUGCCAAUCCCAAAAAGAGACGAGAAUACCUGUUCGGCGAGGAUCUGAGGGAUCGAUGCGACAAGUACUACUUUGAGAACUACAUACGAUGGUACUCCACCGAACCUUUCGCCUCGGCCAAUUCUCAGAUUCCCCAGAUCAAUAUCUGGGACGACCACGACAUCAUUGACGGGUUCGGUUCGUAUACCGACCAUUUCAUGAGAUGUGCUGUGUUCCGGGGGCUUGGUGGCGUCAGUUUCAAGUACUAUUGCUUAUUCCAGCACCACACCGCCCCUCCAGUUUCCACAUUCACCACGGACGCGCCGAAGACCAUGGGUGCUGAUGCCAAUGGCACGGCAGGGGCCGAUCCGCGGCAACUGAGGAACACGUAUGUGUAUAAGAGGACGGCAGACGACCCCAGUUGGAUUGUUGGCAAGCGUCCCGGUCCGUACGUUGAGGAGCGGUCGAGAAACCUGUACAUGCGCUUGGGUCGCCAUAUCGCUUUCUGCGGUAUUGACGCCAGAACGGAACGGACGAGAAAGCAAGUCAAUUAUCCAGACACGUACGACCUGAUCUUUGAAAGACUGGAGAAGGAGUUCACGGCUGCGCGGGGAGAAAUCACACACUUGAUUCUCCUCCUCGGCGUGCCCAUCGCAUAUCCCCGACUGGCAUGGCUAGAAAACAUCCUGACGUCGCCCCUGAUAGCCCCCGUCCGCUUGCUGAAUAAGAGGUUCGGCUUCGCCGGCGGCUUUUUCAACUCCUUCGACGGCUCUGUUGAUCUCCUAGACGACUUGGACGACCACUACACGGCACGCCACCACAAAACUGAACGACGCGAAUUGGUGCUUCGAUUACAGAAACUCUCAACCCAGUUUUCCGUUCGAAUCACCAUCCUCGGCGGAGACGUGCAUCUCGCAGCUUUAGGCCGCUUCUACUCAAGUCCUGCAGAUGACAUGGACCCGAUUCACGAUCCACGAUACAUGGCCAACAUCAUCUCCAGCGCCAUCACCAACAAGCCGCCUCCCCGAGCUGUGGCAAACUUACUAGCGCGGAGAAACAAAAUCCACCAUCUGAGGGAUGGGAAUACCGACGAGACACUCCUCAAGAUGUUCAACAAACAACCAGGGGGCGUGAUGAAAGGUGCGGACUGGAAUCAAUGCACGAUGCCAAGCAGAAAUUUUGCGUGUAUCACCGAGGUUCCCGAUGACGAGGACUCGCGACCAGCAAAUGGCAUCCUCAAUGGCUCUGCCGACUCGCAAUCGACGUCAAGUGCCGUGAAUACAACGGGCAAGACGGGCAAAUCUCGUCCUCACACGAACAAGGGUGCACGCGACGGACACGGAUAUCUACACCUCGGUGAGGAGGGGGCGGGAACAACACAUUUAGCCGCAGAUGGGAUCAGUUCAGAGGCCGUCGGCCCGCCGCUGAGGGGAGGCUUGAACGUCGCGAUAAGGGUCGAGAUCAACAACCGAGACCCAGAAGGGAGGACGGAGGGAUAUGGGAUGAGCAUUCCUAAGCUCACGAUCAAGCCCACACCUCGAACACCAGAGACACACGGAUAAACGUCGACCACACCGGUGGUGGGUAUUUUCUUAGACACAGUUCGACUGCUGACCUGUCCGUCAGGUGGACUCAUUUUAGAGAUGAGGCCCAUCCUUGACCCAAAAUUUUCCGAUAUUGAUCACCCUGUUAUUAUUAAACAUUAGUUUAUCCACCGCCUCAAAUAGAGGGGGUGGGAAAAUGAGCGGCGGCGGCGGCAGUGCAACACCAGCGCAGCAGCAGUAGGAAUUCCCGCUCCACAAAGACCAGGAGAGAAGGGAGGUGCGUAUAAUGUAAUGUACUAGUACAGUCAGUCAGACAGACAAACAGAACAGAACAGCGAGACAAUGUAUCGGUCCCAUGGAUAUUUGUGUACCAUGAUCACCGCCACUGGACGAUACAAUUCAAUCGAUAUCUUUGGUAUGCUCGUCGUCCAUUGCAGGAUGUAGAGUGUAGAG